UUCAUCAGCUCAAAAGAAUAUAUAAAUAGAAAAUCGGGCGGGCGCCGGUGCCGCCACCUCCAUCGACCACCGGCGGCGACGAGCCCUUCCCCCCCACCUUCUCCGUCCCGUUCGAGCUGAUUCGUGCCGGUGCCGGCUCGCCCCCACCCGGCCGCCCCGUCCUCCCCGGCGCAAGGCCCCUGCUGCGGCGAGCCGCCUCCAUCAGGAAAAUGUCAUCGACUCAUGAAAAGGGCAAGAGCAAGGCGCGGACAAAGCUUUUGAUCGAUAUCCAAAAUGCUGUCCAGGAGUGCUGGGAGGAGCACAGGGUUUUUGAGGCCGAGCCUGGGAACAAACCUCCGGCGCCCGGCGAAAAAUUCUUUGGCACGUUUCCCUACCCAUACAUGAAUGGUUUACUGCAUUUGGGCCACGCCUUCUCACUGUCCAAGCUUGAGUUUGGUGCUGCAUACCACAGGCUUCGUGGGUCCAAUGUCCUUUUACCCUUCGCUUUCCAUUGCACUGGGAUGCCAAUAAAGGCCUCGGCGGAUAAGCUUGCCCGAGAGAUUGCACAAUAUGGGAGUCCUCCGGUAUUUCCUGUGGCAGACGAGAAGUCAAGUGCUGAAGUGUCAGAGGCUGAUCAGGUCGCCGUUGUUCCGGGUAAGUUUAAGAGCAAGAAAGGUAAGGCUGCCGCAAAGUCUGGUGUGCAGAAGUUUCAGUGGGAGAUCAUGGAGAGCUUUGCGCUGCCAGAUCAAGAGAUUGCCAGAUUUCAGGAUCCUUAUCAUUGGAUGACUUACUUCCCUCAGUUGGCCAAGGACCAUCUCAAGGAUUUUGGUCUGGGUUGUGAUUGGAGGCGUUCUUUCGUAACCACUGACAUCAACCCGUUCUAUGAUUCUUUUGUCCGAUGGCAAAUGAGGAAGUUGAAGAAACUGCACAGGAUUGUUAAAGAUAUGAGGUACACGAUCUACUCACCGUUGGAUGGGCAACCUUGCGCCGACCAUGAUCGAGCAACAGGUGAAGGUGUGCAGCCACAGGAGUAUGUGUUGAUCAAAAUGGAGGUGCUCUCGCCUUUUCCUCCCAAGCUGAAGGCCUUAGAAGGGAGGAAAGUCUAUUUGGCAGCAGCGACGUUGAGACCCGAGACUAUGUAUGGGCAGACAAACUGUUGGGUAUUGCCAGAUGGAAACUACGGGGCAUUCGAGGUUAAUGACAUUGAUGUCUUCAUCAUGACAGCAAGGGCUGCUCUUAAUCUUGCAUAUCAACAUCUAUCCAGGGUCCCAGAAAAGCCAACCUGCUUAGCCGAACUGUCUGGCAGUGAUCUGAUUGGUCUGCGGUUAAGAUCUCCUCUUGCUUUGAGUGAAACCAUAUAUGCACUGCCCAUGCUCACUAUCUUAACAGAUAAAGGCACCGGCAUCGUAACUAGUGUUCCGAGUGAUUCGCCAGAUGAUUUCAUGGCCCUGCAAGAUUUGGUCACCAAGCCUGCUUUGAGAGCAAAGUAUGGAGUCAAGGAUGAGUGGGUUCUUCCCCUCAAAGUUAUCCCAGUAAUCAACAUUCCUGAAUUUGGAGAUAAGUCAGCUGAGAAGGUGUGCUUCAGUCUAAAGAUUAAGAGCCAGAAUGACAAGGAGAAGCUCGCUGAAGCAAAAAGAAUGACAUACCUGAAAGGAUUUACUGAUGGGACAAUGAUUGUAGGGGAGUUCAGUGGAAGAAAGGUACAAGAGGCAAAACCACUGAUAAGGAAGAAACUGUUGGAAGAAGCCAUGGCAGUGUUGUACAGUGAGCCCGAGAAGAAGGUUAUGUCAAGGUCCGGCGACGAGUGCGUGGUUGCGCUCACAGAUCAGUGGUACAUCACUUACGGUGAAGAUGAGUGGAAGCAGAAGGCGGUCCGGUGUUUGGAGAAUAUGAAUACUUUCUCAGCAGAAACUCGAAAUGGUUUCGAGCACACGUUGGGCUGGCUCAACCAAUGGGCAUGUUCACGUUCUUUUGGCCUAGGUACUCGUAUCCCUUGGGAUGAGCAGUUCCUUGUGGAGUCUCUUUCCGAUUCAACCCUAUACAUGGCGUACUACACAGUUGCGCAUUAUCUGCAAAAUGGCAACAUGUAUGGAAAGGAAAUUUCAUCGAUCAUACCAGAACAGAUGACGGAUGAAGUAUGGGACUAUGUGUUCUGUGAUGGUCCAGCACCCAAGAGUGACAUCCCUUGUGCCCUCCUGUGCAAAAUGAAGCAAGAAUUCGAGUAUUGGUAUCCCUUGGAUAUUCGGGUAUCUGGUAAGGAUCUUAUCCAGAACCAUCUGACAUUCAGCAUCUACAACCACACGGCACUCCUUCCGGAGCACCACUGGCCUCGCGGAUUUCGUUGCAACGGGCAUCUUAUGCUUAACUCUGAGAAGAUGUCCAAGUCCACAGGGAACUUUCUAACUCUCAAGGAGGCCACUGCCGAAUACUCGUCCGACGCAACUAGGUUCGCCCUUGCCGAUGCCGGUGACGGCAUGGAUGAUGCCAACUUCGUCACUGAAACAGCAGAAUCUGCUGUUCUGAGGCUCACGAAAGAGCUCGCGUGGAUGGAAGAGAUCAUAGCUUCUGAAUCUUCUCUACGGUCAGGGCCUCCCACUACUUUUGCUGACCGUGUGUUUGCGAAUGAGAUGAACAUUGCUGUGAAGGAAACUGAGAAGAGCUAUGACGCCUUCAUGUUCAGAGAUGCCCUCAAGUCUGGGUUCUAUGACCUCCAGUUGGCGAGGGAUGAGUACAGACUCUGUUGCAGAAUGGCAGGCAUGAACUGUGAUCUUUUGUGGCGAUUUAUGGAUGUCCAGACCAGGCUCAUCACCCCCAUCUGUCCGCACUACGCCGAGCAUGUCUGGCGAAAGCUCCUGAGAAAGGAUGGUUUUGCGAUCAAAGCUGGGUGGCCAGUCGCAGGCGCUCCGGAUCCCACUCUAAGAUCUGCAAACAAAUAUCUACAGGACUCCAUAGUUUUGAUGAGGAAGCUGCUAAAGGCGCAGGAAUCUGGUUCCAAGAAACCCAAGAAGGGAGCGGCACCUCUGCCACCAUCGUCGGAGGGAAACAAGCUGACCGUGGGUCUGAUAUACGUCAAUGAGCACUAUUAUGGGUGGAAAGCGCAGUGUCUGAAGGUGCUCCAGUCAAAGUUUGAUAGCGAGACAUGUUCCUUUGCCACCGACGAGGAGAUCAAUGAGGCACUGAAGAACUGCUUUGUUGGGCAGGAAGGAACAGACUUCGGACAAGUUCAGAAACAGUGCAUGCCUUUCAUCAAGCUGAAGAAAGUCGAAACAAGCAACUUUGGUCCCAAUGCUCUGGAGCUGAAGCUCCCUUUCAGUGAAAUUGAUGUUCUUGAGCAAAAUCUGGAGCUGAUCAAAAGGCAGUUGGGCCUUGAGCACGUGGAGGUGUUGUCGACGUCUGAUGAAGCCACUGUUGCCAAAGCUGGCAGCUAUGUUUCUGUGCUGAACAAGACCCCGCCUUCCCCUGGUGAACCGGUUGCAGUAUUCAUGACCAGGCAGGCGUUUGAAGCCCCCCAAAACUGAGAUCAAUCAAGGUGCAUAUGCAAUGAAGGCUUGUUAAUCCAUCCAGCUCCAAGAUGUGAAGAUCCACCAAUUAUUAGAAGAAAUACAUUGCUGUUGCAGAAUCUUGCAUGCAGUUUUUCUUUAGAGGGCGAAGCAGAAGGAAGAUGCAGCGGUAACCAGAAUGAAAGCUGCAAAUUUGUGUAGACAAGCAAAAGAUGUAUUUUCUAGUAGUUUGUCCUUUCAGGAUUUUUAAACCCAUUAUUUUACAAGUCUUCUCCACUUAAAUAUUCCACUUUGGCUGAAACGGUGAAACCCAUUCAAAGAAACAACCCAUUUUUCGGUCUGUGCAUUUUAUCCUUUAUCUACAGCCAGUUGAUUUUAAGUUUGCCAGGUAUACAAAUGCUCUUCCUAGUGCGUCGUGUGUGUCGCAGCUCCGUCAAACCCUGUAAUCCGGAUGCUUUGCCGACAUAACGGCCAAUAAAAAUGUUCAUGUGGGUUUUUCGCCCCCGCCGGUGACCUUUCAAAAA